AUGUCACAAAUCACCUCUUCACUUCUUAAAGUAGUGAAUACUUAGAUUUAAGGUAUAGAGAUUAUUUAAGAGUAGAUCUUGAUUAACAUAUCUAAAAAUAGGAGAGAAUAAUUAGUGAUUAAGCAAAUGAGAUUAAGUCAUUGAAAAAUAGAAUGAAUCAAAAGGAUAUAAUGAGUUAACCAAUAUUUGAUAACCCAAUCGAUCAAUUAUUAGCAUAUCCUAAAUCCCUAAAUGCACUUGGAUUAUAGAUUUAAGAGGAGUUUGUGAUGCUAAAAAAAUAAUUGCAAGAUAAGGAAUAAGAAUUACAGCAACUUAAAUCAGGGGCAGAUAGUCAAAGAAUAUCCUACAAGCCAAACACGUCAUAAGUUGAUGAAGUUAUAAAAUAACAUGAAGAACUAAACGAUAUUUUAAUUGAGUUAGAGAAAAAGCUAUACGAUAAGAAGCAGUAGAAAUAAGAACUAGAAUAAAUCAUGGACUCUUAUGGGGAAGAUGAAAAGAUAUUAAAAUAAAUGAAAUCGUAAUUGUCUGUGUUGAAUGAGCAAUUAGCAGUCGAGAAAGCCUACAAUUAAGAAGUAAGAGUUCAAUUAAAGAAAUUGUAAUAAGACACUUAGAGUUUGAAUGUUUAAUUGGAGAAGUAAUAAACAGAAAAAUAACAAAUUGAAGAUCAAUUGGUCAAAACAAAAAAUUAAUUAGAAUAUUUAAGAUCUUAAAAUAUUAUAUUAGGAAAUGGUGCUCCAAUAAAGGGAGAAACCGAAAAAUUAAUAGCAAUUGAUGACUUAGUAAAAUAAAAUUAAGCAAUUGAUGAUUUGAUGCAUGAACUAUAGGUUAAAUUGCUUGAAAAAUAAUAAGCUUAGAAUCUAAUCCAAGAUUAAAUAAGCAUGUUUGAUAAUGAGCAACAUUCUUCAACCUCACUUAAACCCUUAAAGAUAUCCUCAAGAAAGGAAUUAAUUUCAUAAUUAGAAGUAGAAUAACAUGAAUGUGAUAUAAUUCAAUAACAAUUGAAAUUAAAAUAAAAUGAGGUUUAAGUGUUAAAAGUUAAAUUGAAGAAAGAGGAAUAGGAAGUGUUUAAAUUAUAAAACUAAUUGCAAGAGGAAAUAGAAGUCAAGGUUUCAGUUGAAUAGCAAAUCUAGAGUUUAUAAUAGAGAUAAAUAGCAAUAUAACCAACAGUGACUUCUUAUAUUCAGGAAUUACCAACAAUAAAUAUAUUUGGUCCACAAAAUGAAUCAAUUCCUCAAGAUUAUUAGUUUUAGAUUGAUUAAUUGUAGGAGACAAUAAAAUAAUAGGAAUCAUAAAUUGAGUUCUUGAAAUUUGAAAUUCAGUAAAAGGAUGAAAUAAUGAGUAUGUCAUAACAUACUUAUUUGUAAGAUUUGAAUUAAUAGAAUUAAGAUGUUGAGAAUAGAAUACAAGAGUUGAAGUAACAACUAAGUUACAAAAUAAAGAGAAGAGAUUAAUUGGAAUCGAUUGUGAUUGAGGAUUAGAAACCUAAGAGGAAAUCGUUUAUUCAAAAUACAGAAUUGAUGGAUAUGUAAGAAUAAUUGCAUGAGAAGAACAUGAAUAUUGUUUAAUUACAUGAAGAAAUAUCUAAGUUGUAAAAAUAAUUAUACGAUAAGGAAUAAGAAUUAUAAUAACGAGAUGUUGAAUUAAGAUAUUAAGCAUUAAUGAAGACAAAUGAAGAUUAAUGUGAGAAGGCCGAUGAAUUGGUCAAGAAGAAUUUAGCAAUGGAUGAGUUGAUUCAUUCAUUAGAGGUAAGGUUGGUGGAGAAAGAAUCAAAAUUAAAGGAAUUAGAAUAUUUGAAUUCAUCAAAGAAUUUUGAAAUUGAAUCUAAUCAAAAUAAUAAUUCAUUUUAUAAAGAUAGAGAAAGUAUUGUUAGAGAUAGUGGAAUUAAUUUGUAUGAUUAGGAUUAAGAUUAGUAAUUUGUUUAAUAACAAUAAAUUUUGGCUGGUUUCAGUAGUAGUAUGGAUUAGUUAAAGAGUAGAGUUGAAUGUUAGAAAUAUGAAUUGUAAGAAAAGGAUAAGAUUAUUGAGUAACUUAAACAAUAAUUAAGUGAUUUGAAAAGAAGUCAUUUCAAUCAAUAGAUUUUGGCAACCCAGGAUGUGUCUGUUAUUAAUAGAUAAAUUAAUGUGUUGUAGGAAUAAGCUGAUAAUUUGGUAAAACAGAAUCUAGCCUUAGAAGAUGUUAUUCAUGAAUUAGAAUUCAAGUUGUAAGAGAAGAAGAGUAGAUAAGAAGAAAUAUACAAAGUAAUAUAGAAUAUGAUGGAAGAAGAACUUCAACAAAGAUAAUAGAAAUCAGAUGAGAUGGUUAAGAAGAAUUUGGAAUUGGAUGAGAAGAUCUAAUAAAUGGAGUCAAGAUUGACUCAAAAAUAACAAUAAUACAAUGAAUUAGAAUAAAGAUUGUCUUAACAUCAAAGAUCAAUGCCCUGGCCUUUAUAAGUGUUCCAUGAGAAUCAGAUGAUCUAGGAUCAAAAUUCUAACUUAACUGAUUUAACUAUUUAAAUUGCUUAAAUAACGGAAUCAGUCAGAUAACUAAGUCAAGAUGAUAUUGAACUGGAGUUCUUACUGAAAUAAAAGAAGGAAAAGCAAUAAUAGAUUGAAUAAUUAAAAUUAUUUAUUUAAUCUUCAACUACUGUCUUACAAGAUUUGUAGACUGAACAAUAAAUCAAAUAGGAAUAAGUUGAAAAAAUAAAAUUACAAAAUAAAGACAUUGAAUCAAUGGUCAAUGAUUUAUAGGCCUAACAAGUUACUUUAAUUGAAGAUGUCAGUAAGUCAUAAUCAAAUGUUCCAGAAUGGUUGAGUUAGAAUAUAGAAUCAUCUAAAAGAUUAAAUGAACUUCAAAAGGGACAGCAAAAGGUUAAAGAACAAAUAAAAAACUUGGAAUACUUGAUUUUAGAUUUACAAAUUGUUGUAAAGGAAAAACAAGAAGAUUUAUUGAGAAUAUCAUAAGAAAAUUAUUAAUUAUCAAUUCUAACAAGAAAAUAGAAACAGAAGAGAGACCAUUUAUUAAGAGAAUAAAUGCCUUUGGCAGAAAAGGUUGGUCUGCUAGAAUAGUAAGUGAAUGACUUGUAGGCAGAAAUCAAAAGAUAUACACCAGAAUUAGCCAAGUUAUUCUAAGAGGCUGAAUCAAACAAAUAAGUAAAGUAAACGAAGGAAUAAUAAAUAUCAUCAUUAAGCAUAGAGAGUUAACAAUUAGAUUAAAACAUUAUCUAAUUAAAGAAUGAUAUUGAAUAAGCAAAGAUAUUGGAAUAAUAAUUGCUGGAUCAAUAGAAUUCGUAUAAAUAAAGUAAUGCUUUAAUUGAAUAAGAGAUUAAGAUAUACACAGAAAUGAAUCUGGAUAGUGCAAAUAUUAAUAGAAAAAUUGAAGAUCUAACUCUUCAAAUUUCAGAGGAAAAGUAAUUACUAGAGUAGUUGAUAGAGGAAUUACAAAUUCAAAAGGAAUAAGUUUUGUUGAUUGUACCUUAGAAGGAAGAAAUACAAAGAUUAUAUUUAUAGACCAAAUAAUAAUAUGAUUAGAGUGUGGAGGAUUUAUCUGAAUAGUAAAAGUAAUAACAAAAGGUAUUAGAUUAAAAGAAUCAAGUGAUUUAGGAAGUCAAUUAUCUAAAAUUGUACACAGAAAAUUAAGAGAAAUAAUUAGUUGAAUUGCAGGCUUUAAGAGCAAAUUUAGAAGAUAGUAUAAAAUAAGAAAAUUCAUUGAAAAAUGCAAUAUAGGAUAAGGCUGAUAGGAUUUAAUAAGAGUUGGAUCGCAACAAAUAAGCAAUUCAGGCAUAAAUUCAAAUUUUAGAAAAAUAAAAUAAAGAAAAGGAAUAAAGAUAAGAGUAGAUUAAGAAAAUUCAAUUGGAGAUAGAAGAUUAGAAGAAUAAUUUAAAUAAACUGACAGAUUAAUAAAUGAAACAUCUGCAUUAAUUAGAUUAGAUUGAAAAAUUAGAUAAGGAUAUGGAAAGAUUGAUGAAGGAAGUAUUUGAGAAGGAAGAGUAGGUAUAAUAGUAUACAGGAUUAGUGUAUUAGAAAUAAUAAAAGGUAAAUGAUUAAAAGUUGAAAUUCAAUUAAUUGGAAGAUGAAUUGAAAUUUUACGAGAAGGAAGAGGAAGAAAUUAAAAAGAGGAUGUCUGAAAUAGAUUAAAACCUAAGUAAAUUGGAAAGAGAGUUUUAAAUAAAGUCAGAAUAGAGGAGUAAAUUUGAGGAUGAUUUAGCAAAGGCUGAAAUGGAUAUCGUCAGUUUAGAAGAGAUGCUGAGAAAUAAGGAUGAAGAACUAAAAAAUUUGAAUGAAUCUAAAGAAGACUUAUUGAAACUUAAAUAGUAGUAUUAUAAUAUUCAAGGAGAGAUAAGAGAAAAGUAAGAGUAGAUCUAAGAAUUUGAAAAAUAGCGAUCGAAGUUAUCAGAGGAAAUCAAGAAGGAAUAGGAUCAAUUGACAGAAAUCAAUGACGAAGUAUAUCAUAUUAAGGUGAGAGAAGAGGAGAUGAACUUUUAAAUAAAGUAGAAAUUGAAGGAUUUAGACUAAUUAAAUGAUCAAUUCAGAAAAUUGGAUGAUGAUACUAAAAUGUUGGAGGCUGUGAUUUAAUUGAAAGAGAAAGAGUUGAAAUAAUACUAAGAGAAGAAAGAAACAUUGAAGAAGGAUCUGGAAAUAACAAAUUUGUAAGUAGUGGAAGUGAAGAAGCAGUUGAAUAAAAAGAAACAAUAAAAGUCAAUAGUAGUAGAUCCUAAUGACGUGGAAGUAAAUGAAGAUGCAUUAUCUUAAUAAAUAACUAGUUUAAAUACUAAGAACCUGAAUUUAAAAGAUGAUUUGCAGAAGUUGGUGUAAUCACAGAGUCAACCAAUAUUCUAAACCAUCUAAUAAAUUGAAGGAACUAAGACUCAAUUGGAAGAAUUACAAUUAACAAUUAAAGAUAAAGAUAAGAAAUUAGAUAUGUUGGAGUAAUAAUUAUAAUAAUUAUCUAUGCAUCAAUCCAGAAUGACUAUUCAACCCACUUUUUAUUUUGAUGAUGAUCCAUUGUUGUUGGAAUUGUAAGAUAAAUUUACAAAAGAAAGUGAAAUGCUGGAUGAUUUAUAAUAGAAAUUAAAGAGAACUGCUGAGAGGCAUCAUGAAUUAGCUGUUAAAUUAUAGGAUUGGGCAGAAAAAGAACAUAAAUUAGCAAUAGAAUUGGAUUAGAGAAGAUUAUCUGUAGAAAAAAUAGAAAAAGAAUUAGAAGUAUUAUUUUAGAAGCAAUCAGAUUUAGAAAAUGAUAAAGUUAAUAUUCUACAAAGGAUGUACUAAUUAGAUUAAGACAAUUAAGAGUUAAGUGAAUAAGAGAUAGUCUCGAGAAAUAGAAUUAAAGAAAAGAAGGACUAUGUAUAAGUGUUAUUCAAGAAUUUAGUAGAAAUGGAUGAGAAGAUGUUGUAAUUGAGGAAUAGGAUGGCUGUUUAUUCACGAGAAGGUAGACAAUUAACAGAAUAGGUUGAGAAUUUAGAGAAUGAGAAAGAAAUGAAAUAAGAAAGUUUGUAAGUGAUUUAAGAGGAAUUGGAAAGUUUGGAAUUAGAAAAAGGAGAAAAAUAGCAUAUGAUCCUAUAGAUUAAAAAGGAAAUUUAGGAAUAAAAUGCAGAAAAGGAUAAGUUGGAAAUAUAAUAUGCCUUGACACACAGUAAAAACUAGUAAUUGAAAUUAUUAAUUGGAGUUGAGGAAGCAUUAUAUAAGAAAUUGUAUACUGAAUUUGAAAUUCAAUAGAAAAGAGAAUAAAAUAAAUAUGAAAACAUAUUUGUUUGCUAAGGCACAUAAACAUGUUAUGAAGUUGAUUAAAUAGAAGUGUUGAUGAAUAAUUUAGUGGAAUAAAAAAUUACUAAGAAAGAGUUGCUUAAAUUAAAAUAAGAAUGCUAAGCCGAAAUUCAACAAUUGUUUGUUUAAAAUAAAUGUCAUAUCCAAGAUAAUGUGAAUUUGAGAAAUCUAAUUUAAUUUUAAUAAGUUCUGAUCUAAGUUUUAGAAAGCGAAAACAUUCUGAUCUCUGAUAAAAUACAAUCAAAUAAAUCAUUAAAAAUACAAUCAGAAGAACAAAAUAUUUUCGCAUUAGAAUUAGUAUAUUUAUAAUGUUAUUUAGAUUGAUAUAAUGAUGAACUCAUCAGUAUUAAUUGAAAUCUCAAUAAAUGAACACAGCUUAAACAUAGGAGAUAAGAAAAUACCUAGAUAAUGGAUAGUUGAUAAAUAUUUUGAUUACAAUCACUAGAUUUAUCCCUUGGGAAUAUUGUAUAUUGUUUAUAAGGUAAUAUUCUAUUGAUAUCUAGGUAUCACUAUGUUAAGUGAUAACUUUAGCAUUAACCGGUACUAAAAUAAUCUAAUUAUAUUCUUAAAUUUGA